AUGAAGGUAUGGAAGUUUGCAGCCAUUGCAUCGAUGCUCCUCAGUUCCCUGUUAUCCAUUUUAGUUUGUAGAGACAUGCUCAACGGGAGCCGGAAAUACAGCCCCGUGCCUUCCUCGCCAGCCUCGCGGGCAUCCUCCUCCUCCUCCUCGCCGCCGGCGGCUCCACGGAGAUCCCCACGGGCCCUGGACCGCCCCGGCUCGCUGCUCUCCCAGUACGGUGCCUUGCUGGAGAGCUACACGGAGGGCGAGCUGCGGCGGCUCCUGGGCGCGCUGGUGGAGCGGCGGCGCGGCGCCAAGGCGGGCGGGCGGGCCAAGCGGGCGCGCGCCCGCCACAAGCCCUGCGCCCUGCAGCAGCUCGAGGUGAGCGUCAGCGAGCUGGGCCUGGGCUACGAGUCGGACGAGACGGUGCUCUUCCGCUACUGCAGCGGCACUUGCGACGGCGCCCUGCGCAGCUACGACCUGUCGCUGCGCAGCAUGCGGAGCAGCCGCCGCAUCCGCAAGGAGAAGGUGCGGGCCCGGCCCUGCUGCCGGCCGCUGGCCUACGACGACGACGUCUCCUUUCUGGACACCUACAACCGCUACUACACCGUGAACGAGCUGUCGGCUAAGGAGUGCGGCUGCGUGUGA